GGGUAUCAUGUUGCAACUAUUGUACCUAGUGAGUAGUGACCUGGAGACCAACAUGACAGCAAUAAAGUUUCUAUUUGCAUCUAUGCAUUGAGAGAGCUCUGAUGUAGUGAAAAAGACUGAGGUUUCGUGCAAACUUGCGCAAUCUGUUGGUAAUUUGUGACUGGGCUGACCCCUAACUACUCGACCCGGACCUCAUUAUUAUACAGCAUGGAAUACAUACAUUAAUUAUACACACGCACGCAUUACAUUUAUUUAAAUGUACCAAUGCUGUCACUGAGUAAAAUAAUUCAAAGCAAAAUAAUUGCGUCCAAACCUAGUCGGUCGUGACACUGGCGUACGGAGCAGGCGGUCCUGGGUUCAAAUACUGACCGGUAUAGCCCCGUGACAGCGUGCCGCCAUGUUCUGGCCGCUCCUCCUCCUGGCCGCGGCGAUCGCGGCCGCGCUGUACACGCGGCAGAGGCGCCCGCUGUACGCGUUCAGUAAAGCCUACCCUUUCGGUUUGCCGAACUACCCUCUCAUCGGCCAGUCCUAUAUAUUCAGGGGUACGGAUGAAGACCGAAUGAACGCAUUUAUAAAAAUGGGCGACGUGUCGCUCAAAAACGGCGGCAUCACAACGGUGUGGCUGGGGACCAAGCCAUACGCAACCAUCAGCGACCCCGAGCUGCUGGAGGUGGUGGCGAAGGCGUGCCUGGACAAGGACACCACCACCAUGAAGUACCUGAGGUCAGUCCUCGGCAACGGACUCAUAUUCGCACCGAUUAAGAUCUGGCGUCCCCGCCGCAAGAUCAUGGCGCCGACGUUCAACAUGAAAAAUCUACAGGAGUUCGUGACGGUGUUCGACAAGCAGAGCAGCAUCAUGGUGCAGCAGCUGCGCGCGCACGCCGGCGGGGGGGACUUCUCCUUCUGGGAGUUCAUUACUGCCUACACUUUCGACGCUAUCUGCGAGACAGUACUGGGCAUCGAGCUGAACGCGCAGAAGCAGCGGCACCACCUGUUCAUCACGGCCUUCGACGUGAUCAUCCAGAUCCUGGCCAAGCGCAUGCUGUCGCCCUGGCUCUACUGGGACUGGGUCUUCAGGCUCACAUCCAACUACAAGCCUUUUAUCACGCAGAGGAAGAUAGCUUAUGACUUCUUUGAUAAGGUUAUACGUGAUAGAAGAAAAGAACUGGCGGAACAGGGAGCUGACGAGGAUCUCAAAGACCGAAAGAAAACGUUCCUAGACAUGAUGAUCGUGUCUUCCGGAGGAGCGCGCGGCUACACGGACAUCGAGCUGCGCGAGGAGAUCAUGUCCAUCGUGUCGGCGGGCACGGACACCUCGGCCGUCGGCACCGCCUUCGUGGCCCUCAUGCUGUCCCGGCACCCCAGGGUGCAGGACAAGGUCUACCAGGAAUUGAAGGAGGUCUUCGGCGACUCGGACCGGCCGGUGACGUGGCAGGACCUGCCGAAGCUCAAGUACAUGGAGGCCGUCAUCAAGGAGACCCUCCGGCUGUAUCCCCCGGCGCCCGUCGUCGUCAGGGACGUGCAUGAGACUGUUGUACUGCCAAACGGCGCGACCCUACACCCCGGGAUGGGGCUGGUGCUGCACUUCUGGGCCACGCACCGCAACACCAAGUACUGGGGAGACGACGUGGAGGAGUUCCGGCCCGAGCGGUUCCUGGAAGGGCCGCUGAAGCACCCCGCGCAGUUCGCGCCUUUUAGCUACUCGCUGAGGAACUGCAUCGGUGGUAACUACGCCAUAAUGUCGACAAAGACGAAUCUAUCGAACCUGCUGCGUCGCUACGAAGUGCUGCCGCCGCUGAGCGUGCCGCCCGACCAGCUGCUGGCGCCCUUCCGGGUCAAGUUCGACGUCAUGAUGAAGCACUGCGACAACUUCGAGCUCAGGAUACGGAACAGACACAAUGGACUCAGGAAAAAGUGAUCAAGCAAAAAAAGUGCGCGCGAAUGUGGGUCUAAGAUGGAUGUGCUUUUAUUGUCUGUGAAAGUAACUGUCAUUUUAACAAGUAACUAUAGAUAAAAGAGCAAUCAUUCUAUCCGUGAGGGUUGUAUUCCGGGGAAGUUUCUCUCUAGCGGCCAAAGUUAGGCUGCAGUAAACUCACUUUCUUAAACGUUUACAUAAGGAGUUUCAACUGACUGUGUCAAAACGUCCAGUUUCCAAAAUAAUUAAAAGGAACAAAACAUGUAUAGUGAAACACAGGUCGUAAGAGCAACAUUCUUAAGGAUUUGACACAUGCGAGAACUGUCCAGGUCCGGGUCGAUGCGUCCGAUACUUCCUUAGAAAGCAUCAUGUGGUCGCUCAUCCUAGAUAACUAAAUGUCGGACGUCUCGACCCUGACCUGGACAGUUCUCGCGUGAGUCAUCCUUUAUACCGGGUGUGGCCUGUAGCACGAGCAAUACAUUUAACUGUAGCCUGUACUCCUCAAACUUACCAACAUUUGUUCAAAGAUUUUUGAAAAUUAUGAAUUCUUUAGAUUUGCUAUUUUUCAUAAAAAAUUUAUAUUACCUUCAAUGUGUACGCUAUCAUGAGUGUAGUUGACGUCAUGCUUUAAACUUAACUAAAUUCGCAAUACAUUGCGUCUUAGAAUAAACUUUAAUGUUCUAAAAAUAAAAUAAAAAGUUAUUUUGAAAAGUAGCUAAACAAAUGUCAGUUAGAGAAGUAACAUCCUACAGUAUAAUUUUGCGCAUGUUACGGGCCACGCCCGGUAUACCUAAACUUUAACUAGACGUGAUACCAUAAUACCUAAAAUUUAUAUUAGGUACGGAAAUCCUACAUUAUUUUGGCAAGUCGGUUGUUGAAGGAAAACUACAGUUUAAUAUUUGGAUAUUUUGGGACUUGGACGCUUUGAAUCAAAGUCUGUGUGAUAUUUCGCCAUUUUAGGGAUAAACCAUUUAAAAUUUAGGCAUUGUGGGAUAGCGUUUGAGAUUUAAGUAGUACAUACCAUCAGAUAUAUCGGAGCGACCGAGGUGCUCAAACAUACCUGAACAAGGAUUAUUAUAAUACGGGUCCUAGAGUGUGUGUCAUUAUAACUAAAAAUAUCAAAAUUUAAGAGCACGGGAGCCCACGAGGGGAUUUGCGUAAUUACUCGAACCUGUCAGAUUAAGAUAUGAGUGAUAUCUUGCUACCCGUGGAGUCUACCUUAACCACUUAACAAGGUAAAUCACGAAAAUGCGUACAAAUAAUUGUCAGAUUAAGUAGCACAAUCGUAGCAUCAACGUGGAUCAAACUAAUGAAAUCCACAAUCUACUUAACGAUUUGUUUUAACUGACCCCCAACCGACCCACCAACAUAGAUGGCUAAAAGUGGUUAAUAAGGUACACUCCACGGGAAUUAUAUCACUCACAUCUUAAUCUGACACGCUGGAGUAACUACAAUCCCCUCUUGGGCUCCCCUUCCAUUAAUAAAGAUUUGUCAUUUACGAUGACAUUUCAGCACUUUGUAAUUGUAAAUGCCACGCAGAGUUAGUUUGGUAUAAGAAAUAUAUAAUAUAAAUAAAGUGUAACAAAGCGAUAUGCCUUUGGCCUAUUCUGGAGUGGAUGGCUACACCGUUUGAUAUUUAACACAAAUCAGUGAAAGAACAUGGGUCAUGGGUCCGGCUCUGUAGUGUUUGAUUAUCUGGUAAUAAAAACCGAAGAGUCCGAAGAGGAUUAUCAGUUGUAUUACUAAAGUUAAUGUACUGACUGACCACUGGAAACCCUUAACCCUUUGGCCGCCAUGCUUGUCGUGCGCGGCGCGUCACGGGAACCUUGUCGGAAUGUACGAAGGUAGAUGUUGGGCUGUCACCGCGUGCGUCAUUUGACGUGUUUGGCGAUAAAAGGGACAGUUGUAGUAAGGGUCAAAAUGUUCAGAUGUGUCGAAGAUGAUAGAUAAUAAUUGUUUGUUUUACGAAUAAAAAUAUUUGUACAUAA